GAGAGACCUUGUGUGCUGUCUCACUUGAGACCAUGAGAGCAACCAGAAGGAUGUUUCCUAAGGUAUCCCUCAAGCUGCUGGGCAUGAUCUUUUUGUUCUUCUUUGUUUCUUUUGCUGCCUACAUUGGCUUUACAGAAAAAUUUCCAUACAGACUAUCUGAGUACUUUCAUCAUGCCACCAGAGUGCUACAAAUGAAUGUCCAGCAGAGUACCCAAGGAGCUCUUCCUAUCUACCAGGAGAAAGUAAAGCCCCUACUCAGCUCUUACAUUACUGCACAAGAGCAAGAUGCUGUUAAGAGACUGGUGCUGAACCACAAUCUGGAUGUCAAGAAAGAGCACACCAAGGAAAGAGAAGAGACAUCUGCAGUUAUUGAGAAGCAAACCAGGAAUAGUUUUGUGGUACCAGCAGCCAAUAAAAAACAAGCUGAGAAGGAAUUAAGACGCCGAGCCAAUGAGAUGCAACCUGAAAGUACGGCUGUGACACCUACAGCCAAGCAAAAUCUUACUGUGGGUAAGGGUGCAAAACAGACUGCCAAUCAAAAACAAGGUAAGAGAAUAGCACUAGUACCAGUUUCAAAGAAACAGAAAAAUAAAGAUGUGAUGCCCCAUCAUAAACAAGAGAAGCAAACCAAGGAGAAAUUAAAAGAAAGAGACUUAUCUGAAGAGCAUUUGGUAACUUCUGACCCUCCUUCUCGGAAGUUGUUUACCAAAGCUAAGUCAGUUUCUGUCACUGCGGAUCACAGCGUACUUGCACGGAACCACAGUCAAAGGUUCAAAGCAUCUGACUUCAGAUCUGAACCCCGUUGGGACUUUGAUGACCAGUAUCUUCUGGAUAACUCAACUCCACAGUCAACCUGUCCAAAUUCACUGCGGGUCAAGGCUGCCAACUCUGACUGGUUGCAGGGCAUUUUCCUGCCUAACAUCACACUCUUUAUGGACAGGAGUCACUUCAGUGACAGUGAAUGGGAGCGCAUGGAGCACUUCCCCCCACCUUUUGGGUUCAUGGAGCUAAAUUACUCAUUGGUAAAAGAAGUCAUAACCAUGCUUCCUCCAAAACCCUAUCACCAAAUUCUCAUGGCACAGAACAGCAGCCACGCUUCCAGGUGCAUCACCUGUGCUGUAGUAGGAAAUGGAGGGAUAUUGAACAACUCCAGAAUGGGCCAGGAAAUUGACUCCCAUCAUUAUGUCUUCCGGGUUAGUGGGGCUGUGAUCAAGGGUUAUGAGAAAGACGUCGGAACAAGAACAUCCUUCUAUGGAUUCACAGCCUAUUCCUUAAUGUCUUCACUUAUGAUUCUGGGGCAUCAAGGAUUUAAGAAGAUUCCCAUGGGAAAGGAGAUCAAGUACCUUCAUUUCCUGGAAGGGGAAAGAGAUUAUGAGUGGCUGAAAGCUCUUCUGCUGAACAAGGAAGUCAGAAAGGGAUUUUUGGACUACUAUGGGAAAAUACCCAGGGACAAAUUUGAUAAUAAUUUCAGCCUGGACAAAUAUUUCGUGAUUCAUCCAGAUUUUCUCAGAUACACCAAAAACAGGUUUCUAAAAUCCAAAAAUUUGGACAAACCCUACUGGCGGAUCUAUAGACCUUCAACAGGAGCGUUCCUUUUAUUAACUGCACUCCAUCUUUGUGACCAGGUAAGCGCUUAUGGGUACCUCACAGAAGGCCACCAGAAGUAUUCAGACCAUUAUUACGACAAGGAAUGGAAACGCUUCAUCUUUUAUUCCAACCAUGACUUUGAUCUUGAACGGAGGGUAUGGAAAAAACUUCAUGAUGCGGACAUCAUGACUCUCUACCAAAAAAAUCUGAUGGAGAACACAGCAGAAACAUAAUGCAAAUAGCAUUCUUUUGGGGGUUAUAAAAUUAGAGUGGACAGACGUGUGUGUGUGCACGCGCGUGUGUGUGUAAAAGCAGGGAUAUUAUCCAGAACUAAACCAUGUAGAGUGGCUGUGUGACCCUAAAGUUUUUGAAUCAGGGUUCCUUCUUCUUGCAGAAAAAACUGUAUCCAUACACAGUUGUUAGCUGCAUGACAAAAAAAAGAAAACCCUGCAAGCAAGCAACAACUCUAUUAUUUUUGAACAUAUAUGCCCUGAGAAUCUCUUUUGAUUGUAAUGGGCAAGACUGUGGAUUUAUCUGCCUACCCUGACUAUCAGCUUCUUUGCAAAGUCUUGGGCUAAGAUCCUUCCCAUUGCUGCUACCUAAUGUUCCUCCAUUUGACCUUGAAACCAAAUCCACACAAAGCUUAUGUUCUGCCUCUGAGGUGCUGUCACAAAACCGAGUCCCUUAAUGCAGUUUCCUGUUCUCUUAGAUGUCGAUUCAGGCUUCAGGCCUAUCAUAGAAAAUUUAAAUUGGAAAAUAACUGUGCUGUUGCUUGAGAUUCAGCAAAGCUGUGACCUUUUGCAACUGAGAUAAGAACCCAGGUGCGAGGAGGCAGUUUCUAUCCUGAUUCACCUCUAGUCUUCAAGGCCAAGGAUUCCAUCCAAUUAGCUAAAAUAAAUAAUGAGCCUCAACACUUGGGAGAUGUGGAAGGGCUUAGCUGCACACAAGCCCCAGGAUUCCAUCUGACCCCUUUGGUUGGUAAAAGGGUUACAUAGUUAAUUGACCUCACCAGCCACCAAUCUGAUUGGUCAAAUGAGCUCAGGCCACCUCAGACUCUUGGCCAUAAAGUUCAGGAUUUUCAGUCUAGUUUUGCUCUUGGUGCCUUACCCAUGACUUCUCGAAUGGACCUUUUACUUUAUGGGUCAUACAGGCUGUCUGCCUAUGCUGACUCUCAGAAAGAGUGGACUUUGAAUGCUGGAAGAUUUCAGCUAGAAGGGCAACAUCUGAUCAUUUGAACCAAUGCUAUUACUGUACAGUUAGUCUUUUUGAUUAUUUUAAUCCUCACUAUUCUUUUAAUAGAUCUCCUUGCACAGUUUUAAUAAAUCACUUUAAUCAUA